AAAGUCGCACCGGGAGCACGGAGAGGGAGCUCCGGGACACGGAUACAAAGCUCUAUGACACGCAGACAAAGCUCCAGGAGGCAGAGUCUUGCAGCACUGAACGCAUCCACCACCAACAAAGCUGGAGCUCUGGAACAUGACGCAUGAGGAAGGAAUUCGGAGUCGGAACGAAUGUAUUUGCCAAAUUUUGCCUUGGUUCACGAUGGAAACUCCACGGCAGAGGUACAGAGGCAUCCAAUCGACAAUCCACGAGUGAAGCUUGCCGGCACCUCUAAUGGCGUACCGGUAGCCACAACAUGCGCUACGUACCAAUGAUACGGUGUCUUGUCUUUGCCACACCGUGGAACCAUUUCGCCAGAGUGCCCAACGAAACCAAUGCGCUACCGUAUCGCGAAGCAGCCUUCACCUUUGGCGGUCACUUAUCGAGUAUCGGCCAACUCCUCAGCAAAGACAAACCCAGGUCCACUAACGCGACACUCAGCAAAUCGGCUACGUCCACAACUGACUACCUACCAUGAGCGACUUUGCGUACUUUAGGCUCGAGGAGGAGCUUUGCUUGGCAAUGAGAGGCGGAACAAGCGACAACUAUGAAUCUGCGAUAAAGUUCCUCGACGACAGCGACGAUCAUAAGCAAGCCAAGAAACUGCUGCUUUCGUUCCACGAUCGUCUGAGCCAUGAUCAAAGUGUCAACAUCUUUCUCGCUCUCGGUCAAAAGUUACCCAACCUGCAAUCCUUCACGUUCAUGGGGGACUCUCACAGUGCCUUCUCGAUUCGGGCAUUGGGUGCGCUCUUGACACUUCGAGCGGAAGGACUGGUGAGCAUCAAGUGUUUUGGUGGGCACACCUUGCUGACGGGAACCCUGGAGGAUUUCAACUGUACUUUUGACCUCCUCUCCCGAUGCACAAAGCUUCGAGAGGUUCUUUUUCAUGCUCGCUUUGUGAAUUUGGAUGGAAAUGCCUUCUUAGACAAUGCCAAGAUUGUCGACGAAGAAGAGCAAUGGUUUUCAGACAACCUCGUCCGAGCCUUGAGCCAGAUCGAGACGUUGGAAACACUCUCGUUGCAUCUAUGGAGCGCGCCCAAGUCGACGAAACGGUCUGCAUUCGCGAAGUUGUUGGGAAGUAGAACCAGCCAAAAGAGGCUGUCGUCGUUGACCAUUGAGGGGGGUGUCUCGACGUGGAAACUAUCCCUCCCUUUUCUGCAAACCUUGUUUUCCAGGAACUCUCGCCUAGAAAAAGUUACAAUGUUUGAUUUCGAGAAAGUGAAUCUCAGUGCGAGGAGCAUUGCAAAGGCACUCCAAGGGAACCGAACGGUAAAGGACUUCUCACUGAUAACGAGUCAACAAGACAGUUGGAAACGAUUCACCGUUGGGUCUUUGGCGCGGAUUCUAGAGGCGCUGAAGGAUGAUACAACCCUGGAGUGCCUGGCUCUCUCGAUGAAAUGGGAACCAUGGCUCGCCGCUCGCCAUGCACCUCUCCUCAUUAGUGCAAUUGAAGAAGCGAAGAAUUUGAAAAAGCUUGAACUUUGCUUGACGGUGCUGGAAGAGCCAGACCAGUUGGGGGCUAUUCUUCAGGGAGCCGCUCGGAGCAAGUCACUCGCCGAGGUCGUCCUCCGUGUGGAGGAUAGCUGGCAUGGAAUAACAGUAGUGGGCAAUCUUCGAAAGGCGGCUACAGAUUAUGAGAUGGAAAUGUUCGAGAAUACGAUGGAGACGAACCUGGCGCUGAAGAAGGUCGUAGUGCUAAGUGAGAACGGCGAGGAGGUGCCUCACAGCAGUUAUCUGAGUAAGAAGGCUGCUUCGUAUCUCAAAAGAAACGAAGAGAAGGGACACAAGGGAUUCCAUGACACAAAGACUUUCGGUACCAAUGCUUACAGUCUUCUGCGGACCAUGGUUGCAUCAACGUUCCAUGAAGCUGACAGCUCUGGCAGCAGCAGCCAUCAGAAGAAGAGAAAGUUAUGUGAGUAACUAGCUCUUCGCUCAUGGAAUGGCAUUCAGGCGAGACUGGACAUACCCCGCGUUUCCGAUACGUAUAAAGCAAGAACCUGGGAAUCCUUUACAGGCAAGGUCCCGCGCCUUCAGGUUCUCUACUGUUUGUUUCAUAGUUCAACCCUUGCUCGAUUAGCUAGCUAAUAACUAGCUACAAGCUACUAGUAUCAUAGGAGAGAUUUGAUUGUUCCCAUUCAG